UCUCAGCAAUCGCCGUUAGAUCCAAAUCCAAUCGCCGGCGAUCGCGAUGUGGUCCGCUCUCCGAUCCUCCUCUCUCACCGCCGUCCUCCUCGUCGCUUCAUUUCUCCUUUUCUCCUCGCCGGUCUUCGCUUCUGAAUAUGAUCACAAGUAUCAGCCAGAUGAUCCUAUUAACCUUUGGGUGAAUAAAGUGGGGCCUUACAAUAAUCCACAAGAAACAUACAACUAUUACAGCCUUCCAUUUUGUCAUCGACUUGGUAACCCUGCGCAUAAGUGGGGUGGUCUGGGUGAAGUAUUGGGUGGAAAUGAGCUUAUUGAUAGCCAAAUUGACAUCAAGUUCCAAAAGAAUGUGGAGAAGACAACAAUUUGUGAGCUUGAACUCGAUGAAGCGAAGGUUAAACAGUUUAAGGAGGCUAUUGAGAAUAACUAUUGGUUCGAAUUUUUCAUGGAUGAUCUACCAUUGUGGGGUUUUGUUGGUGAGCUACAUUCUGAUAGAAACAGUGAUAGCAAGCAUAUGCUAUUCACACACAAGAAUAUUACUAUACAAUACAACAAAGAUCAGAUCAUUCAUGUUAAUCUCAGUCAAGAGAACCCAAAACCAUUGGAAGUUGGGAGAAGAGUAGACAUGACUUACUCAGUCAAGUGGACUGAAACUAAUAUCACAUUUGCACGCCGUUUUGAUGUUUACCUGGAUUAUCAUUUCUUUGAGCAUCAGAUUCACUGGUUCUCGAUAUUCAAUUCGUUUAUGAUGGUUAUCUUCCUCACUGGGUUGGUUUCAAUGAUACUGAUGCGGACUCUUAGAAAUGACUAUGCAAAGUAUGCACGGGAAGAUGAUGAUCUUGAAAGUCUGGAAAGAGAUGUAAGUGAAGAAUCUGGUUGGAAGCUUGUGCAUGGGGAUGUUUUCCGACCAGCUCGCAAUUUGGUUUUAUUAUCGGCAGUUGUUGGAACGGGUGCUCAAUUGGCGCUACUGAUUCUUCUUGUCAUUCUGUUUGCAAUUGUUGCGACGUUGUACAUUGGGAGAGGAGCAAUUGUCACAACAUUUAUAGUAUGUUAUGCCCUCACGUCGUUUGUCUCUGGGUAUGUGAGCGGUGGCAUGUAUUCACGCAAUGGUGGGAAACAUUGGAUAAAGUCAAUGAUCCUCACUGCAUCUCUUUUUCCCUUUUUGUGCUUUGGAAUUGGUUUCUUUCUGAACACCAUUGCUAUAUUUUAUGGGUCUCUGGCGGCAAUUCCAUUCGGCACAAUGGUGGUUGUGUUCGUCAUUUGGGCUUUCAUCUCAUUCCCUCUAGCCCUUCUUGGUACAGUUGUGGGAAGGAACUGGAGUGGUGCUCCAAACAACCCUUGUCGUGUUAAAACCAUUCCUCGCCCUAUUCCUGAGAAGAAGUGGUAUCUCACACCAUCAGUGGUCUCAAUAAUGGGAGGACUGCUACCUUUUGGUAGUAUUUUCAUUGAGAUGUACUUUGUCUUUACUUCCUUCUGGAAUUACAAGGUGUACUAUGUUUAUGGGUUUAUGCUACUUGUUUUCCUCAUUCUGAUCAUUGUCACUGUAUGUGUGACAAUUGUUGGAACAUAUUUCCUUCUAAACGCUGAGAAUUACCACUGGCAAUGGACUUCAUUCUUUUCUGCAGCCUCCACAGCUAUUUAUGUCUACUUAUAUUCAAUAUAUUACUACUAUGUGAAGACUAAAAUGUCGGGGUUCUUCCAAACCAGCUUCUACUUUGGAUACACGGCGAUGUUCUGUCUUGGUUUAGGAAUUCUCUGUGGGGCUGUUGGGUAUUUGGGAUCUAAUCUGUUUGUGAGACGGAUCUACCGAAAUAUCAAGUGCGAUUAAGAAAGUGUUUGUGACGGAAGAACAACGGCCAACUCGGUUUUGUAGUUUAUUGUGUCGAUACCAAUUCCAAAUGCAUCAGAGAUCCAAAUGUAACUUUUGAGCAAUGGAAGUAAGGAAGAAAGGAAGGUUUUAGAGAAAUGAAGAGAUUGUUUUUAUUAUGCAGGAGGGAAAAAAAGGGGGAGUGGGGGUAGUAGGUAGCAAGCAUCAUGUAGCCAGCCAGCCAGCCAGCCAAGCAAACAACUUGUUAUAUACACAACUUCUAUUGUAUUCUUAUUCAUCCACCAUUCCAAAAAUAAACCAUCCUAUUUCUAUUUCAGGC